AUGAACGCCACCAACACCACGCAGUGCCAGUCGGUGGAGCUACACCUGGUCAUCCCAACUCUCAUGGGCAUCUUCUCUGUGGUUGGACUCAUCUUCAACGGCUUCAGCCUGUGGAUCUUCUGGUUUGUCAUCAAGCGCUGGAAUUCGGGUGCCAUGCUCCAGUUCAACCUCGCCUUGGUGGACACCUUGAUCCUUCCACUCGCCCCUUUGAUGAUAACCUAUUUCCGCUUGGGCAACCAUUGGCCUUUUGGGGAGUUUCUCUGCCAGCUGCUGGCCUUCUUACUCAACAUCCACCUCUACGGUUGCAUCUACCUCCUGAUGCUCAUCAGUGUCCACAGGUACAAAACUGUGGUCCAUUACAAUGCCAAGACCCUCUGGAGGAGGAAGUCCUUUUUGAAGAAGCUUCUCCUGAUCUCUUGGGCUCUCUUUGUCAUACAAGGGCUACCGCUCUUCUUCUUCCUCAAGACAUCGGUCAUCGGCAGCAAGGUGAAAUGCAUGAGCCUCCUCCAGUCAGAGCUGUCCUAUCUCUACCUGGGUUAUGGUAUCUUGAUGGGGACCUCCUUCCUAAUCCCCUCCAGCAUCUCCUUCAUCUCCAACGUGAUGCUAGGGGUGUACAUUUCCAAAAUCAGCCAAACCAAUCUCCGAAGGAAGGUCAUGAAGACCAAGUCCAUACAGAUGAUCAUCAUCACCCUACUCAUCUUCGUCAUCUGCUUCAUGCCCAUCCAUGUUUGCGUGACGGUGGGUGCCACCAUUCGACAGUAUGGCCUCUCCUGCAGAUUUCUGAACCAUAUCAGAGUUGCCUAUUAUAUUUCGGUUGUACUUAGUGUGGUCAACUCUUGCCUGGAUCCCUUCAUUUACAAUUUUGCCAAUGAGAAAUUUAACGAAUUCAUGUCCAAGUUCCUCAAGAGACUGUUCCUCUGCAAGUGA